UGUUAUUAUUUUAGGAGUAACAUCUUCAGUGCAUUCCGGGUGCACUUUCUUAGUUUUUUUAUCGAGUAUAUGAUUUAAUCAUGGUUCGAGUGCUUUUUCUCCACCCUGAUUUGGGUAUAGGUGGUGCUGAGCGACUGGUUGUCGAUGCUGCACUGGCAUUAAAAGGAUGUGGUCAUGAGGUCAGUUUUUUAACAAAUCACCAUGAUCCGAACCACUGCUUUGAAGAAACAAGAGAUGGCACUUUAAAAGUGAAAGUCGUUGGAGAUUGGCUUCCCAGGAAGAUUUUUGGUAGAUUUUAUGCAUUUUGUGCGUAUUUUCGCAUGUUGUACGCGGCAUUUUUUGCAUCAUUUUUUCUAUCUCGUCGUGAACAGUUGGAUGUGAUAUUUUGUGAUCAAAUUUCCAUAGGCAUUCCUAUAUUAAAGUUGGCUAAAUGUAGUCCAAAGAUUUUAUUUUACUGCCAUUUUCCUGAUCAGUUGUUGAGUGCUGAAGGCGGUUACCUUAAAAGUUUAUACCGAGCGCCUAUAAACUUCCUGGAAGAAAUAACAAUAGGUAUGGCUGAUGGCACCUUGGUAAAUUCAAAAUUUACUUUAAGGGUCUUUCAUGAGACAUUUAGACGCCUACAUACUGUACCAGAAGUACUGUAUCCUUCAAUAAAUACCAAAUAUUUUGAUGAUAUGCAUCUCAAGCAUGCAGUAUACAAAGAAGAAACAAACACAUUGUCUGAUUUGGACUUUCCACGUAAUGCUUUUAUUUUUCUUGAUAUUAAUCGAUAUGAACGUAAGAAAAAUCACCCUUUAGCAGUCAAAGCCUUUUGUCAGCUCGAAAAUAUAUUAAGCACAAGUGAUUGGAAACGAUGUCGCCUAGUUAUUGCCGGAGGAUAUGAUAAGCGUGUGGUAGAAAAUGUAGAACAUUUCAAUGAGUUGGAAGGUUUAAUUCAAGAUAUGAACGUAAAUGAUACUGUGAAAAUGUUGCGUUCUCCACCGGAUGAGCAAAAAUAUUUGCUGUUGGAAAAAGCUAAUUGCCUUUUAUACACCCCAGCUAAUGAACACUUUGGGAUUGUGCCCUUGGAAGGCAUGUACAUGUCAAAACCAGUCAUUGCCCUAAAUUCAGGUGGGCCAACAGAAACCAUAGUAAACAAUUUGACGGGUUACCUUUGUGAUCCUAAUGUUGAAAGCUUUGCUACGGCAAUGGGUAAGAUAUUUAAAGAUGAUGCUUUACGCGAACGUAUGGGUGUCAUGGGCCAUAAACGUGUCCAGCAAAAAUUUUCUUUCGAAGCCUUUUCACAAAAACUAGACACUAUAGUAAAGGACAUAAUAAAAGCACAAGCUCGCGGUUUUACUGGCACGCCAAAGAAACAGGAAUGAACUGAAAAUGCUUAUUUUUUUGAAGAUACGAAAUAAAGUUAAAAUGUUGGUAAAUUCACAAGAGCGUUGUUGUGAUUUACUAUUAUAUGAUUCCAUUGUUGUAAAAUUUUCAAAAUGUAAUUUAUAAGAAAUUUUCAUUAAAAAUAAUACUAACAAAUUGUUAACAAAA